AUGGUUAGAAGACUGACGCGUAGGAAAGCGAAUCCAACUAUUUAUAAGGACGCUAGUGAUUCAGAAGAUUCUGAAAGUGAUUAUGAAGCUGUUGAAAAUGUGUCCACUAAAAAGAGAUCAAAAUCAUCUUCAAAGGGAGUCAAUUCAACAACCAAAAGACAACGUAAAGAUAAAACUAAAUCAUUAGAAGAAUUAGAAGAAGAACUCGAAGAAAAUUAUUUGUAUCAAGCAUUAGCUCAUACAGAAGUAGAUGUUUCUGAAAUCGCCUUAGAUUGGAUUGAAUCUUAUCAAGAAGAUCAAACAAAUGGUGAAUAUGCUGCUAUAACUAUGCUAAUCAACCUUAUUUUAAGAAGUUGUGGAUCGGUUUAUUUGUUCCAACCACAUGAUUUAUCAGAAUUAGAAUCAUCUGCUGAAACAGUAGGAGAAAUCACAAUCGCCUUUGGCAAGCAAUCACUUCAUAAAUUCCCAUAUAAAGCUUUGCCCGUGUUCAAGAAGAAUGUAGUUCAAUUUUUUGAGAAAAUUAUUGAAAUAUCUCAUGAAAGAGGUCUAUUAUAUAAGUAUGAAGAAGACGACGAAGAAUCUAAUGAAGAGGUUUCCUUAGCAUCACCUUUGAUGACUUACAUCAUAACAUGGAUAACUUCUUUGACAACAAGUCAAAUUAGACCAUUAAGAAUUAUAUCGACAGAGCUUAUUCUAAUUAUUCAAAAGGAGUUAUGUAAUAUUAUUAAAAAUGUUACUUCUAAUCUUGACAAAUCACAGAAACAAUUAUCCAAGAUCAAAAAAACAAACAAAGCUAGAUAUAAAACGGUAAGCUCAACAAUUCAAAGUUAUCAGAAACAACAAGCAACUUUAACUGAGUAUUUUGACGACAUUGGCCAAAUUGUCAUAAACCAUAGAUAUCGAGAUAUUGAUCCCCAAAUAAGAUUAAGUUGUUUAAAAUACUUAAGUGAUACCAUUAUUUCUUAUCCUGAUUAUUUCUGCAAAGAUACAUAUAUCAGAUAUUUUGGUUGGUUAUUAUCUGAUCCCGCUUCAACUGUGAGAGCUGAAAAUACCAAGGUCCUUUUAAGGUUAUACAAGUCCUUAACCGAAUCAACGAGUACUCCUGUUCUUAGGCAAUUUACAGAAAGAUUUAAAAAGAACUUUAUCAGAAUGUGCAGGAUUGAUACUGAUCCUCAGGUUAGAAUUCAUAGUCUUGGAAUUUGCUGUGAAUUGUUCCGUUUGGGGUUCUUGGAAGAUUCCGACACGGAAUCCAUCAUCAAGGACUUCCCAUUGGAUAACUUAGCGAAGAGCAAUUUGACUAAACUUCAUCACGAAUUUGCUAGAUUUGUUCAUGUCAUUAACGAGAAUCAAGUGGAGUACAUCAAUGGUAAAUACAAGUUAUUUUUAGAAAAUUAUAAAUUGAGUCAGUUCAACGAUGAUUUGGGAACCUGUUUAAAGAUCAAGAAUUUAGUUGAUGUUUUAAGCAAGUCCGAAAACAAUAUCGAAGACACAUACCGAUCAUUAUGUGAAAUUGCCGGCUACGAAUCUAACUGGGAAUUCUUAAUGAAAUAUUUCCUCGCUGACAUGUCCCUGCUUCAAUUUACUGAGAAUUUAGAAGGUGAAGAAAACCCUGAUGUUGUUGAUAAUGAAGAAACCCAAGCAUUCAAAGAUUUAAUUGAGUUAAAUGAAUCACACAGAGUAGUUUUGUUAAAGUUCAUUCAAGGGUCUUUGAGUCAUUUAUGUAAAACCGCCAAAUCAGCAAAAGAUCAAGAAGAAGUUUCUAAUCAGUUAAUUAAAAUGAUUGAUUAUUUACCUAGAUUACAAACCCAUCUGAUUAAAUCUUCUAAAUUGUUCCCUAUCUUCUUGAGUAUUUGGACAAAUUUCAUUGGGGAAUCAAAAGAUGCAAUCAACUUGUUCCAUUUGUUUACUAAAUUGAACAGAGAAGAAGAAUACGAUGAAGUCACUAUAAAAAUACUUGAUUAUUACAAAGAAUCUUCACAAGAUGAAAAAGGCUUUGAUGACUUUUUUAAGAAUUUAUUUGCUUCACAAGGCUUGACGUCACCAGUUAAGAGUCAAUUGCAGAAUUUGUUACAGGAAUUGGUUGUAGAAGUUACAAAUUCCCUAAAUGAGCAUUCCGAUGAACUUGAGGAUUUUGUUGAAGCCGAAGAGUUUGAAUUAGAAAAUGGCACAAGAUACGAUAGUCGUGAUGUUAAGAAUCAAAAUGACUUGCUUGUCAAGUUAAAAACUAUAUCCCCAGUUUUGGUCAAGAUUGGUCAACUAGGUUGCCAUGUUAAUAUUGCUCAAUUAUCUAAUAUUUCUGAUUUGAUUGAUGCAUUGGUAUCCAAAACCUUUGGAGUAGUCCAGCUCCCUAUUAUUAUGGCUAGCUUGAGGUAUAACUUUUUGCAACAGUUACCUUCCUUUAGGGAAAGUAUUGAAACCAUAUUGGAUUUGCUUUUAACUGUUCUCUCAUGGAAAUGUGAGAGAUUAAUUUUAUUACCUAGUGAACAUCAACAAUACGUAAACAUAACUACUGAAUUUGAAGAUAUGGUAGAUGUGGUCAAACAAGUUGCAAGGUUGAUCGGUCAUUGUGACAAGAAUGAAAAAUUGGUAGAUUUGAAAACGUUGCUCUGUGAGAAAUAUAUUGAUUUCUUAGUUUCAUUCAAGAUUUUCUAUGUUAGAUUCGAUAAUAAGAAUGAGUUCAAUCAAUUUGAAACAUUUUUUAGUUUGCAUCCUCAAUUAUGGACAAUUAGCGCCGAACUUCAAUCUCAAUUACUUGAAUUAUUCUUGAUCAAGGAAGUCAGACUCGCAAAUGAAUUGAAGGUAGACUUGGAAAGAGGCGAUCAAGAAGGAGUCAACUUUGACGAUUAUCUCGAAGCUGAUGAGACCAAUCAAUACGAAAAGAGUAUGUUUGAUGACGAGAACGACGACGAAGAGGAAGAGGAACAUCCCUGCUCAGAUGAAGCGGAGACAGAAGAAGUUAAUUCAAAGAAGGGCGACAGAAUCUGGAACUACGAAAAGAGUAUAUCAUUGUAUACACUCAAGUUGAUAUCAUUAAUCAAUUUGCUGAUGGUUUCCGAUGAUAUUCACAAGAGAUUGAAAUUGAAUGCAGAUAAAUUAGGGAGUGUAUACUCGAGAAUCAUAAAUCAACUAGAUGAGCAUCAAGCCAAAUUACUAGAUAAAAGAAUCGAAAUAGAGAAGCAACGUAACUUCCCUGCCGACGCUACCCAAACUGAAGAAGUACCCGAAGAAAACGGGGAAGUUGAUGAAACAUCUCAGAAUGAAUUGGAUGAGAUUUCAUUACCCAACGUGUCAUUGGACCCCGUAGCUGUAUAA